AUGGACCCUAUCCCUCCAAGCGAUCACAUCAAAGUUGAGCAGCAUGGAGCUGUCUUUGUUGUAACCUUGCAGAAAGCGCCCGAAAACCGGUUGACUAUGCAACUAUGUCAGACCCUCGUUGAAACCUAUCGGUGGAUCGAAAUGCAGCUGUCGCGGGGAAAACAGGAGCCCGAAGGCGCCGUAAUUCUGCAAGGGACCGACGAUAAAUACUUCUCGACAGGCCUUGAUCUCGACGAGCGAGAAACAAAUCCAUUUGCCAGCACAGAUGGGUUCUACCCACUCCUUCGCACAAUUCUCGACUUCCCAUUUCCAACAAUUUGCGUAGUCACCGGGCACGCCUUCGGCGGCUCCGCCGUCCUCACCCUAGCCCACGACUACCGAAUCAUGAACUCAGAGCGCGGAUUCUGGUCAAUGCCACCGGUCAAUCUCGGCCUUCACUUCGACGGCAUAGGCUCAUUACUUCGCGUCAAGCUGGAGCCCAAGGUCGCUCGGAAAGUGCUAUUGGAGGCGCACAGGUUCACUGGGAAAGAGGCUCUCGCUGAUGGUAUUGUUGAUGCGGUUGCGACGCCACAGGAGAUGCGGCCUGCUGCUUUGGCUUUGGCGGAUAAAGUGAAGGGAAAGGCCAGGAUGGGCGUGUAUGCUCUUUUGAGGACCGAGUUGUAUGGUAAGGCGCUACGUGCUUUCCAGGGGAUUAGCCAUGUUCAUAGCCGGGAGGUGUCAAGGCAGCCGAAGGUAAAGUUAUAG